UUUUAGCUUGUUACAAGGCAUUAUUACCUUCGGUAAUAUGUGUAAAGUGCUUAGAAACUCUGUUUAUUGUCAUCUGAAGUUGACCCCCGCCACCUCUACCCCAUUCAGGAUGGAGUCACCCUCGUCUGUAUCCGAUUUUAACGCCUAUUCCAAUGUAUACUUAGCAUUUUAAUCUGCGUGCGUGUUCACAGCUGUGUCCCCUGGGCACCUCGCAGGGAAACUUCGACAAAGUAACCCUAAGUCUGACUGGACACUUACUAGCCAGGUGUAGUUCUCAGCAUUUUUGUUCUCCUUCUAUCACUUUACAGUCAACUAAGUGGAGAUACAGGGUAUUACAAAAGGUGCCUUGUACCUUAUCCAAGGACACAGAGCUGGUAGGAGGCAGAGCUGGAAUUUGCCCCAGAGCCUUUGUGCUGUAGGUAAAUAUUUGUCCAGUGGGCUAGCGGCUCUCAACCAGGAGUGGUUUUGUCCCCCAGGGGACAUGUGGCAAUGUCUGGAGACUUUUUUUUUUUUUUCCAACUGGGGAAGUGCUACUGGCAUCUCAUAAAAAGAGGCAGAGAUGCUGGUAGACCUUGUAUGUUGCACAGGAUAGCCCCCCACAACACAAGUGCCAUUAAUGUCGAGGUUGGGAAACUCUGGAGUAGACAAACCGGUCUUUGUCGAGCACUUAGCCUUUGGAGGCUGCUUCUAACUCCUGCUCCCAGCAGCCUCUUGAGAGGAAGAAGCUCUUGUUAGUCCUGUGUCUCAGGUGGAGAAAUGAAGCACAGAGGGGGACAGGCUGCGGGAGGAGCUGGACUGAGGUACAGAGGCCGGGUUCCCAGGGCGGGACCCAGCCUGGACUUGACUCCCUGGGAUCCCAGGAAGGGCACACACUUUCCUCACCACCCGUGAGCGCUGCCCCCUCACACAGACCUCUUUGCCCCCUGGGCCAGGCGGGGCAGGCGCUGCGGACCAGGAGGUCCCAUGGAGGUGGCGGUGCCCGUGAAGCAGGAGGCCGAGGGCCUGGCGCUGGACUCCCCAUGGCACCGCUUCCGCCGCUUCCACCUGGGCGACGCGCCGGGCCCGCGGGAGGCGCUGGGGCUGCUCCGCGCCCUGUGCCGGGACUGGCUGCGGCCCGAGGUGCACACCAAGGAGCAGAUGCUGGAGCUGCUGGUGCUGGAGCAGUUCCUGAGCGCGCUGCCCGCCGACACGCAGGCCUGGGUGUGCAGCCGGCAGCCGCAGAGCGGGGAGGAGGCGGUGGCCCUGCUGGAGGAGCUCUGGGGGCCAGCAGCCUCCCCCAAUGGGUCGUCAGCAACGAGGGUGCCUCAGGAUGUGACGCAGGGCCCCAGGGCCACAGGUGGAAAGGAGGACAGCGGGAUGAUUCCCUUAGCAGGCACCGCCCCUGGGGCUGAGGGGCCGGCGCCUGGGGACUCCCAGGCUGUGCGCCCCUACAAGCAGGAGCCCAGCAGCCCCCCGCUGGCGCCCGGCCUGCCCGCCUUCCUGGCGGCCCCGGGCACCACGUCCUGCCCCGAGUGCGGCAAAACGUCCCUGAAACCAGCUCACCUGCUGCGCCACCGGCAGAGCCACUCGGGCGAGAAGCCGCACGCCUGCCCUGAGUGCGGGAAGGCCUUUCGGCGCAAGGAGCACCUGCGGCGCCACCGCGACACGCACCCCGGCAGCCCUGGGCCCGCGCUGCGCCCUCUGCCCGCCCGUGAGAAGCCCCACGCGUGCUGCGAGUGUGGCAAGACCUUCUACUGGCGCGAGCACCUGGUGCGCCACCGCAAGACGCACUCGGGAGCGCGGCCCUUUGCCUGCUGGGAGUGUGGCAAGGGCUUCGGGCGCCGCGAGCACGUACUGCGCCACCAGCGCAUCCAUGGCCGGGCAGCGGCCAGCGCGCAGGGGGCGGUAGCUCCGGGCCCCGAUGGUGGAGGCCCCUUCCCGCCCUGGCCCUUGGGUUAGCUGCCUCCUGGCCCGCGCCGCCUCCCGCCCUUGGUGCUGCCCCCGGGCCGUCCCUCCUCUCUCCCUGCGCCACUUGGCCUCUUCCCCUCCUCCUUCCCUCCCGUUGCCCUCCUCCACCUGCGCCUCCCUUGUCUGAACUUCCCAACGCCUUCCUCUUUAUUCCUUUCCAACUCCUUUUCCCCCAAAUUUCACUUUCCUUCUCAGGUCUCACCCCAGCCCCCCCUUCUCCCUGAUUUCCCGGCCUCUCUCGCUGUGUGAAGGGGCCUCUCCCUAAUGUCUCCUCCUUCCCCCCCUUCUCUCUCCUGCGGCCCAGCCUCCCUUUCCCUCGUCCAUUCCUCUCUCCCCGCCCUUUUCCUGCCUGAAGAGCAGAGGUGAGGACCUGGGACCCCUGAGGGGCAGGCGAGGAGGAGCUCGGGCGCAGGUCAGGCCCCCUUGAUGAAGCGGAGGCUAAAGGAAAGGGGUCUGGGUCUUGUCCCUAGGAAUUCUCCCGCAGGACGGAUUGGGGGUCAGGGGGAGGCAGCGGGUGAUGGCUCUGACAAGCUGAACCCAGGACCUGGCUGUGGUCUCCUUGGUCUCGCUGCCCCCUGUGACCCUAAGGCAUGGGAUGGACAGAGAUGCCUGCCCCCGUGAAGCUGGUUGGGGAGGGCAGUUCACCAGCAUCCAUAGAGUAAUAAAGUCACUGUGUGUAGACCCGGA